AUGCUUAUAAUAUUAGCAAGACUCCAGAAAAAAACAGAGAUCCCAAGCUCCAACGACCAAUCAGUUGGCACCGCAGUGCACCUUGAUCAAACUUUGGAAACAGACUCAAUAACCGUUUGGAGCCAUCUGGAGGGUGCCGUGUGUGGUGUACUCACGCCACCAAUCGCGCUGUUUGGCGUAGAGGCUCGGCUUCCAGAGAUCGUCGACCGUGGAUCCGUCGGCGGCGACGCUGAACUGGACGUGGAGCUUUCCGAGCUCCGUGACGACAUAUUUCCAAACGGCAUUUUAAUCACCACCAUCGGCGAUGUCGUCGGCUGUACUCCUCAAUUCCGCGAUGAUCUUGAGGUCCUCCCGAAGUUGCUCGCGGUCGGGAACCAGCAUAGGCUUUUCGAGUUGGCAUAUACUUGCCAUAACCUCUCAGGAGGUGUUCAAAGAGGAUUUUAUGGGGCUAGUGCCUUGAAAUAA